AGGAGUUCAGCGUAAAGUGAUGGAUGUGUAUGAAAACGCACACUACGUACAUUGUUACGCACAUCAGCUCAAAUCUGGUAAUGCAGCAAGCCACCUCAAAGAUACCCAAAGUCUCCACAUUUUUUUCGGAGCUAGGUGGAUUUUGUGCAUUUUUUUCAAGGUCGCCCAAACGGACCAGCGUGCUUGAUGAUGUUGUUGGCAGCAGACUUCCGAGAGCGUGUGCAACAAGAUGGAACUUUCACAGUCGCUCAGUGAACACUGUAUAUGAGCACAGGGAUGAUCUUCUUAAGUGUUUUAAGACCAUUCAGGACUCUGGGAACUUUGAUGCUGUGACUGUGAGAGAAGCAGGAGGGUUUGUGAGGAUGCUGGAGGAUGGUACAUUUUGCUUUUUUCUCCAACUAUUUCACAAAAUCAUGCCACACGUCGACAUGCUCUUUCAGCAGCUUCAGAAACGAAACAUUGACCCCAUCUUCAUCAAAGCUGCCAUCUCUAAGUUUGCCGACAGCAUUAGAAACAUCAGGUCUUCCAUAUUCACUGUGCAAGAGGAGAUUCCAGCUGCCAAGCGAGAGAGGACACUGGGGCCCGCAGAACAACAUCGGAUUGCUAUUGAGAGGAACGAUAUUCAAAUGCUAAUGAGCUCGUCAGCUCAGGAUUGGUCGGCUGUGUUGCUGCUCAGAUCAUUUAAAGCCUCCACAGCUCACAGAUUUCAGUAGAUCUCUUCUGAACGGACUGAAGUCACCUCAACAAACUCACGGACUUAUUUUCUUUCUGGAAAAAUCCCCAUUUGGAGAUAUUUGGGCACUGAAAUGGCUUCUGAGAGGGCUCUUUCACCAGAGCGGUGCUGGGAGGUCUUGGAGUCUGCUGAAAAUGACGUCUUGAAACACAUCAAUAACCUUAUGAGCGACUGGAGAUGCAUCAGAGAAAUGACGAGGGAGCAGGAGCUGCUGCUGGUGUAUUUCCUGGAGGCUUUAGUGAUGCUGACGUUCCUCCAAGAGCCAGAAGUGGUGAAGAAAAUGACUGUUUCUGAUUGGCUGAAGCGGACAUGCACCGAGGGAAAUGAUGAGCGAGUUAUGGUGGGAGUGGACGAGUGCAAUGCCUUCUUUGUCCUGUCAAAGCAGGAGGAAGCGUGGUUUGACGUUUACUACCAAUAUCUGCGUUCAGUGAUGAUCAAGAGGAGACACAGAAGAUGCAGUUUAGAUGAAGCAGAGAAAUUCUUCAUGUACUCUUCGGGGAAUCCGGUUGACAAUCCCUGUGAGGAUCUAAAGAAGCUGCAUGACGAGUAUCACCUCCCAAGCGUCACCACUGAUAUGGUCAGAUCUUCGGUACACACUGCUGUGCACAGAUUGCAUUUGACGGAUGAUGAGAAACUUUCAAGUCCAGCUGAAGCGCCCGAGGCUGAAUGGAUGAAUGAAAACAUAGCUUUCUACUUGCUGAAGAUGUCACAUCCAGUAAUGGUACAUGCAGCGCCUCCAGAAUUAGCUGCACGGGUGCAAAUCUCAAGGAAAUUUGAGAGCGAUUGCCACUCGCUUUGGUGCGUGACUCAGAAGAAACUCCGUGAGCGUCUUGUACUUGAUACGUUUGGUCCACGUCAGCCAUCUGAGAGCAAAGUGCACAGCUGGAUUGAGAAGCAGGGAUGGAUGGAGAACGUGCCAGAUGCUGCUGAAGUUGUGAAGAACUGGAAGCCUCCACGAAGCAUCCAGGCUCCGACAGACAGUAACUCGAUCCGUCGGAUGAGCCGCAGGCAGUGCUGGAAAGGUCUGCAGCUGAUGGCAAGGGUCUCGGGGUCGUCACCAGCAGGCGGUUUGCUUGCGGAGAGGUGAUCUGUGACUUCCACGGCCGGCUGAUCUCCAGGGACGAGGGACUGGAAAUCCAGCAGAACAAUCAGACACAAGCUGGACAUCUGUUUUUCUUUACCAGCAAGAACGGACAGGACAUGUGUUUGGAUGCUCAUGAGGAGCGCUGCGACUGCCAUCCAAACAAAACAAAUUAAUCACUCUGCCAAACACGCCAAUCUCACUUUGUGGAGGAUGAACUGGUCAUACUUUUCUUGGCCGCACAGGACAUUCAGACCGGUGAAGAGAUCCGCUAUGACUACAGAGACAACAGAAGGUCCUACGCUGGGGACGGUCUGGAUCUGACACCAUCCUAACAGAAGAUGGAUAUUAUCUGGAAUAAUGCGUAGGCUUUUAGGAAAAUAUUCAUAUAUGGAUGGGACUUAUUGGUUUUACAUUAAUAUUGCGACAACAGAUGAUUUUAUAUAAAACAAUUUCACCUGAAGACCAUCAAUAAUUGGACUGUACAUUACAAACAAAUACACAAACAACAAACCUAGAAUUUUAUAUAAUAAUUCUCAUCUAUUGCUACAAAGAGUUUAACUUUUCUAUGCAGUUAUAAAAUAGCAGUUAUAUUUGGUUGUGUUCUCAUGUUUUCUUUACUUUUUCCAUUUGCUUCAACAGUUUAUUUUUAUUGUAAAGUAAAGCUAUAUAUUGUUGGUUUAGGAAAAAACAAUUGUUCUGCUUCAUGUUUAUAACAAGUCUCAGUUAGCUUAACGCAGUACACAGCAAGUUUUUUUUAAUUUUUAUUAAAUAAUAAAGAAAACAGAAUAAAAUUAUUUUUCAGAAUUUGCUUUUUGUUCAAGCAGUUAGCAAAUGAAUAGAGUGCAAGUCUAAAAGAGGCAAGUUUUUUUUUUAAAGAAUAGAAUUAGAAUAGAGAUUGCUAGAGUUAGAGGGUCAAUUAAAGAUGGAAGAGAUGUGUUUUUAGCCGAUUCUUGAAGAUGGCUAAGGAUUCAGCUGCUCGGAUUGAGUUGGGCAGGUCAUUCCACCAGAUGGGAACAGUUAAUGGAAAAGUCUGUGAAAGUGAUUUUGUGCCUCUUUGGGAUGAACAAUAAAGCGACGUUCACUUGCAGAACACAAGCUUCUAGAGGCACAUGAGUCUGAAGUAAUGAAUUUAGGUAAAGGGGUGCAGAGCCAGGUUUUGUAAAAUUAAUCUUGCAGCUGCGUACUGGAUUAAUUAUAAAGGUUUGAUAGAACUGUCUGGAAGACCUGCCAAGAGAGCAUUGCAAUAGUCAAGUCUGGACAGAACCAGAGCUUGAACAAGGAGUUGUGAAGCAUGUUCCGAAAGAAAGGGCCUGAUCUUCUUGAUGUUGAAUAAAUCAAAUCUGCAGGACCGGGCAGUUUUAGCAAUGUGGUCUGAGAAAGUCAGCUGAUCAUUAACUGUAACUCCAAGGUUUCUGGCUGUUUUUGAAGGAGGGAUGGUUGAUGUGUCUAACUGGAUGGUGAAAUUGUGAUGAAACGAUGGGUUUGCUGGAACCACAAGCAGUUCUGUCUUGGCAAGGUUGAGUUGAAGGUGAUGGUCCUUCAUCCAGCAAGAAAAAGCAGCUAUCGUCGGAUCAUCAGGAUGGAAUGAGAGUUUCAUUUACCCAGUAAAGUUGUAAGCAUAACUCUAGAGAGAAAAAGUAAAGAAACUUUUGAAUAACACUUCCUAAGGAUUUUUAUUGAAUUAGAAUACUGGGAUAUUUUUUUUCCCCUCUUUUUUUUUUUUUUUUUUUUGGCUCUAUUAAACUUAUUUUGAAAACAUACAAAACAAGGUGUCAUCACUGGAACAGUAAUAAUAAUGGAAGGUGGAACUGCAGACUUCCAAUUCAGGAGAAUCAGUCGUCUGGCCAAUAAGGUUGCAAAAGCUACACUAUCAGCCUGCAGUUAGUUUGAUGGUGUCUGGUACAUCCCAAACACUGCCAUUAGAGGGUUAGGGUCUAUUUGUAAAGACAAAAUGACUGAAAAACACCUAAAGAGUCUCCCCAAAAGUCAAACAAUUUAGGACACGACCAAAAGGAAUGCAGUAAGGUGGCUGGUUCACUUGAACAACGAAGGCAUGUUGAAUCAAAAUCUGGGAAUAUUUUAUUAAAGUUCACUCAAAAAUGAAAACUAGCCUGUUUUACUCACCCUCGAAGCAUCCUAGAUGUAUGUGACUUUCUUCUUUCAGACAAAUCCAGUCGGAGUUAUAUUAAAAAUUGUCCUGGCUCCAUCUGUUGAACAGUCGGUGGGUGUUUCUGUUGAACAGUCCACAAGAUGUCAAAUAAAGUGCGCGCUUCCAUAAUAAAACGUGCCUCACACGGCUCCGGAGGGUGAAUAAAGGCCUCCUGUUACAAAUCCAUGCGUUUUUGUAAGAAAAAAUAUCCAUAUUUCAAUAGAUCUGCUUGUUCUGGAGGGUUUUAUGUUUUAUAUUUCUUCUGCCUUAUAGGGAUGAUUUUAAGCAUAUUAUUGUAUAGCAGCAGCAUACAUAUUUCAUUGUUUACAAUUGAGAAUUUAAAAUGUAGAAACAGGAUUACACUUAAAUAAAUCAUUAAACUGUUGUUAUUCAUUACAAAAUGAGAGGUUCAGUGCUGCUUAUGGCAUAAAUAUGAUAAAAGGAAAAUAGAAAACAAAUUAAAAUAGAAACUAAAC